CUUGCGUACUAGAUUGGUAGAUAUUUGUAUGUGCAUUAGCUCAUUACAGUGUCGCAUUUGGAGAUGCAAUUUAAUUGCUAGAACAAUGUCAGCUUCCCAGUUUUUAUAACUAGUUACUGUCUUCUCAAUGACUAUUUUCUCUCUUUUUGUGAUUGUACUGGUUAUUCUUUUCUCCAGGGUAGAUAGAUUAAACUUGCACUAUUAUUUGCUAGAUCUAACACAUUCUCGAGCUGCGUACACAGCUUUCCUAAUGAAGAUGAUUGGAGGUUCUUCUACUUGAAGCUACAAGCUUGAUGCUUUCCUAGAGUGCAAAGAGGAGCUAGAGAUCAAUUCCAUUGCAUUGAAAUUUGGAAGCAAGCAUUAUAGAAGGGAUAUGGUAUCAGUGAUGAAGAUAAGUGCAGCCUAUUAGCUAUCAGCACUCAGAUUGGAUGUUACAGGUAAGGGAGAAGAGCAAGUUGUACGGCGAGAUAUCAUUUGAGAGGUUGAGGCUUUUUCUAAAUGCAUUUUGUGCUGAGAACAGCAAUUGCACGGCUGCUUACAUCUCUCAGGCCAAAUCCUUAGGCUGCACCAGCACGAAGCUUGCUCAAAAAAUAAGAACCAUGCAGGGCAUCAUGCAGUGGGAGGAAUUUCCUCUCAAACUCUUACCAUUCUGCAUCGCAUCACCCUCUAGCAGACUUCAAGCGAUACCCACAUCCUUGAAAGGGAUGGAGAUGGCCCUAGCUUCCACAACCUCAUCUCCAAAAAUCACCAAAGACCAAAACCUCAAAGAUUACAUCCUCAACCUUCAACGUCAAAUAAACACCAACAUCAUAGGAAGUACUAGCAUCAAGACUCAAUCAAGUUACCCGAUCUAUCAACCUCCUCAACCCCUAAACGAUCUCCCUCAAACUCCUCAAGAACUUCCGCCGCUCUUCUUCCUCUUUUGCAUCAAGCUCCUAUUUGUCAACCGACCACAACGCAAAGCUCAACAAGAAGAAACUUCCGAUGCGAGGCGAAGGAUCACCAAGAGGCUUGUCAUUGCGCUCAAAUGCUCGCUCAUACUAGGCUUCGCCACAUUCUUGGGUCUCCUCUUCAGCAAGCCCGACGGAUAUUGGGCCGUGCUCACCGUUGCCGUUACUUUUAGCCCGUCUAGGCAGUCCACAUUCCGGAUCGCCACCGCUAGGGCCCACGGAACCGCCAUCGGCUCAUUUUUCGGGGUCAUGGGCACGCUUGUAUCGGAAGACCACAUGGAACUCCGACUACUACUAUUGGUACCGUGGAUCGUCUUCACUACGUUCUUGCAACGGAGCAAGAUUUACGGUCAAGCGGGUGCAAUGGCGGCCGUGCUCUCGGCCAUGAUCAUCAUGGGGAGGAGAGGUUACGGAUCGCCUAUCAUGUUCACCAUAGACAGGCUCACGGAGACGUAUAUUGGCUUUUGUUGUGUGAUAUUUGUGGAGCUCAUAGUUCAGCCUACAAGCGCUCGGCUUGUAGCGAGCCUUCAAGCGCUCGACGAAUGCAUCGAGUCGAUCAAAAAUAUAAACGAACUGAAGGUGAAAGAGAGGGAGCUUGUGAAGAGAGUGAAUCAGUUGAAGAAAUACGUUGAAGAGGCUCAACUGGAGCCUAACUUGUGGUUCCUGCCUUUCCCUGCUGCUUGUUAUUGCGAGCUACAUAGGUCUCUUACUAGUAUUGGAGACCUUUUGCUCUUCUUGGUUCAUGGCUUAGAGAGCUUAGACCAAGAGUGUCGUGAAAUUGAUGAAGCGAUUAAAGGAGAUUUGGACAAGUUUAAGGAGUCAGUUGGCGGUUUAGUGAAGGGAUUAGUGGAGGUCAUUAAGGUGAACUCACUAGACCGGCUAGAAAAAGAUUUGAAGAGGAAAGCUGGCGGCAACGAUAUCGAGGAGGGUAAAGGCGAAAGCCCAUGGGCCAAUUAUUGGGCCGACGAAUGUGUUGGUUCUUUGCUUCAACAUGCAAAGGAAAUUGUGGAGAGGGUUGAUGAGGAUGCGAGUGGAGGGUUGAGGAGCCAAUUGGUGCUUUCUUUCGCCACGGUUGGAUUUUGUAUCGAGGGGUUGAUGAGAGAGGUGAAGGAGAUGGAGAAGGGUGCCCUUGAUUUUUUGCAAGAGGAGAACCCUCAUAGUAACAUUAACUUUUUUGAAAUUUCUUGUAAAAUCAAACGAGUUUCUUCUUGUUAGU